AUGUCGAACCCCGCGUCCUACGAAUCCCCUCGACGGGCGGGUGCCUUUGGCCGUCAGCCAGAGGAGCUUCAUAUUCCGUCAACGGGGAUGCAUCGCCAGUCCAUGUCCCACGAAUACCCACCGGGUUCAGAAGCAGGGCCCAAUCAUGUCCCCUCAAUCAAUGUCCAUCCGUCCAGCGCUCAACCAGGCCAGUAUGGGGGUAGCAAUAGCGGCGCCGCCGGCGGCAAUGUUGCUCUCCCAGGCGCUCUUCAACCAGGAGGGAAUGCUAGCCGCCCGGCAUCCAUGUCUCUGGGUACAGCUUCGUCUGGUAUUCCUGCACUUCCUCAGUUAUCCACGCAGUUGCAGCAGCAGCAGCAACAACCAUCGGCGACGACCCCUCGUUCUAGCAUGGCCAAUUCGCAUGCGCACUCUAGGUCCAGCCCGUCUGGCUUCGACCAGCCCAAAUACAACAAGCAUACCGGGGCAGUAGAAAACUCCAAAUAUACAUCACCUCCCAGUACAGGUUAUCCACCCCAUACGCCCCAAGGAGCGAAAUACUCCCCUCUCGGACUAGCAGACAUCCGACCCUCGGCAGACCUUCUGAACGAUACUAUUGCCAGCCAGGGAGUUUUGCCCUUCAAUGGCGGUGAUUCCCAGGUGCCCACAAAUAGCAACUAUGUAGCCCCGUGGCCCAUAUAUGCGGUGGAUUGGUGCAAAUGGCCGAUCACUGGCAAUUCGGGCUCAUUUGGCGGCAAGAUCGCACUUGGGAGCUACUUGGAGGACAAUCACAACUACAUACAAAUCAUCGACACGCAUUGGACCCAGCCCGACCCAGAUACCCCUGACGCCGCUGCGGGAGAAAUCAAGUUGGAUUAUGUCAAGACCGCAGAGGCUACGCAUUCGUACCCUGUGACAAGAAUACUCUGGGAGCCUCCCUCAUCGCAAAAGCAAUCUACAGACCUACUGGCGACUUCGGGAGAUCAUCUCCGUCUAUGGUCAUUACCUACCACACAACCCCUGCAUAGCUCCAACUCGAUUACGCGGCCCUCCAGUCAAAGGGAUGUCGCAACUGCCAAGCUCUCCCCAUUGGCAUUAUUGUCGAAUUCCAAGUCGCCAGAGCAUACUGCCCCGAUCACCUCUCUCGACUGGAAUACGAUCUCUCCAAGCUUGAUUAUCACGUCCAGUAUCGACACGACCUGCACUAUCUGGGAUAUCCCGACUCUGACGGCUAAAACCCAGCUCAUUGCUCAUGACAAGGAAGUAUAUGAUGUUCGGUUCUGUGCAAACAGUGUUGAUGUUUUUGUCAGCUGUGGUGCGGAUGGAAGUGUGCGAAUGUUCGAUCUUCGUAGCCUGGAGCACAGUACCAUCAUCUACGAACCAACUGAUAAGAAUGACAAAUUAAUGAGUCCCGGAAAUGGUGGAAGCCCAUCAGCGCCAUCUCAAUCAUACACAUCUCACCCGCCAUUGUUGCGAAUCGCAGCAUCUCCUCAUGACGCUCAUCUCCUUGCAACAUUCUCCUCGGAUUCCAACAUUGUCCGCGUGUUAGACGUACGGCAGCCGGGCCAGGCACUUCUGGAACUCAAAGGACAUUCCUCAUCCAUGAAUUGCGUUGAGUGGUCCCCUAACCGCCGUGGAGUCCUUGCCUCUGGCGCGGAUGACUGCUUCGUUAUGCUCUGGGACUUGAUCAAUCAACACAACGCUGCUCCCAUUUCGUCGGUACCCCAUAACCCCGGCGGUGCACCCUCAACAUCAGAACGAGGACCGGCCGCCGCUUGGCAAUGUGAUUACGAGGUUUCCAACAUUAGCUGGUCCCCGCAAGGUGGAACAAAUCACUCAGGGCAUCCCCGGGACUGGCUAGGUGUUUGCGGUGGACGAGGGAUAUGGGGCGUUGGACUUUGA